UUUACAGGGGACUUCCUGAUGAGUACAGAGUUCGAGUCCGUGUAAACUCCGUCUCCUACUACUACGAAUUCUCCAAGGAACAGGACUAUAUCUGCUCGAAGCCCGAGGACUCCGGCAUGCAUUUGUGCUCUGACUUGCCUCCGUAUCGCGUCGGACCGAUGCUCUGUGCAGACUCAGCAUUGCCAUUCGAUGAAAACUUACCCACAAAUCAUUCCUGCGUUAAUUGGAACCAGUAUUAUUCGCUCUGUACGCAAAUGGGUCUAAAUCCUUUUCAAGGCACAAUAUCGUUCGAUAAUAUUGGCAUGGCAUGGGUGGCAAUAUUUUUGGUAAUUUCACUUGAAGGCUGGACUGAUAUUAUGUACUAUGUACAGGACGCACACAGCUUUUGGGAUUGGAUUUAUUUUGUGCUUUUAAUUGUGAUUGGUUCCUUUUUCAUGAUUAACCUCUGCUUAGUUGUUAUUGCCACGCAGUUUUCCGAAACGAAGAAACGUGAAAUGGAGCGUAUGCGUCAGGAACGUGCUCGUUAUACAUCCACCUCCACAUUGGCGUCCAGCACUAAUAAUUCGGAGCCGGCAACCUGCUAUGCGGAAAUCGUGAAAUACAUAGCACAUCUGUGGCGACGCUUCAAGAGACGAAUGUUAAAGAAGUACAGAUUAUAUAAAUAUCAACGUCAACAACGGAAGGAAGGUUUACUGCCAAAUGCAGACAAUUUAACAUUCUCUCCAUCACGCAUCAAGUGCCAUCAUCCAAAGUGUCCCAAAUAUAGCAACCGGAAGCCGUCCAGUAUACAGGAUCAAAUGAUCACAGUGAUGGUGCCGUUAAAUUCAAAUAAUAAUGUCAGCAACAGCAGUAACAACAAUAAUCAUAAUAACCAGCAACAACAACAACAACAACAACAUCAGCAGCAACAGCAACAGCAACAACAAACUUCACCGCAUACCGUACAUAAGUUGACACCACAGCAGCAACAACGUGCAACGUCAACAACACAAACUCCAACUUCAAUGGCGGCCUUAAUAAAUGGCACCAACAAUGGUGUCACUGGUAAUCAUGCCAUGUCAACAACACUACAACAAACACACACACCAACACUUAUACAACAACAACCUACACAGCAACAACAUUAUUCCUCAUCGGAAAAUUCUGAACAAUCUGUGGAAAAUGCUGUGGUAGUGGCGCGUAAUUCAAAUUUAAAGAAAACUACGAAUCAAUUAAAACAUGAAGGAGAGCAAACACAAAACAAACAACACCAACAACAACAACAACAACAGCAGCAGCAACAGCAACAAAAAACUAUUUUAAUAAAAUUUCCACAAAAUGUCGAUUCGGAGCAAUUAAUUAGUCACCCAUGUACAUCAGGGUUCUUAAGCCCACCUACUUCUGCGAGCCGCAGACCUUCAGUGAUGUUUAAUGAAUAUGUUUUACUGCAUACGCCACCUGCCGAGCCGGUGACUGUAGAGAAAAACGUCUGUUCGUCAGAAAAAAUGACACAAGCAGGAGAUGGCAGCAUCUGGCAGGUGAACUUACCUCAAACGAUUGGUACGAUUGCGAAUCCUUAUGCUGAUUGUUCAGAAUUGGGUAUACAUGAUGCAAUGACUUGUCAAGAACUUUUGGCAUUUUCUGUGGCCUUUUCAGCAGCAUUGCCGACUGGACAGAGUACGCUCGAAUCGUUUUAUAAUUCAUUGGCACGUUGUGAUCCACACACUGCAGAGGCAUUCAAAAAUCAACAAAAUCUAGAAAAUACUGCGGUAGUAGUACAUCAUCAGAAUUCAGUUAAGGAUCGUAAGAAACCUAUUGAGGCAACGAGUGCCAAUGGUGGUAACGGCAUCACUGCAACAACGAACAUAACUGGCAAUUAUAUGGAAGACUAUUCAUGUUGCUAUGAUUUGUACCAAAAUGCUCUAUCCCCAUUGGAUGAUAGAAAGCAACGCUCUAAGGUUAUGAAUUGCAUUAUAAGUUCUUAUCGUUGUGUUAUGAAUAUUUGCGGCAUCGGUAGACGAUAUAUCAAACGUCUGGUUGAACAUAAAUCCUUUCAGCAGGGCAUUUUAUUAGCCAUUUUGAUUAAUACACUAUCCAUGGGUAUUGAGUAUCAUAAUCAACCUGAAGAAUUAACUGUCAUUGUAGAGACAAGUAAUAUUGUCUUUUCUGGAAUUUUUGCUGUUGAAAUGUUGCUUAAAGUUGUUGCUGAGGGUCCAUUUCGUUAUAUAGCAAAUGGAUUCAAUGUGUUCGAUGGUGUAAUUGUGAUAUUAAGCGUCAUUGAAAUAUGUCAGCAAUUUCUGGGCAACGGCACCGGAGGCGGUGGUUCCGGUCUUUCGGUAUUGCGUACGUUUCGUUUGUUGCGCAUCUUGAAGCUUGUGCGGUUCAUGCCCAAUUUACGCCGGCAAUUAUUCGUUAUGCUGCGGACCAUGGACAACGUUGCGGUGUUCUUUUCGCUGUUAGUGCUCUUUAUUUUCAUAUUCAGCAUACUGGGCAUGUAUCUAUUUGGCGGUAAGUUUUGUAAAUUUUUGGACGAUACCGGACUCGAACGUGAAUGUACGUGUCCCGAAAUAAUCAGCAAACAUCCACUAUGCGAAUGUGAUCGCAAACACUUCAACAACAUUUUAUGGGCCACUGUCACAGUCUUCCAAAUCUUAACGCAGGAGGACUGGAACGUCGUUUUAUUUAAUGGCAUGGAAAAGACAAGUCAUUGGGCCGCAUUGUACUUUGUGGCCUUGAUGACAUUCGGAAAUUAUGUGCUGUUUAAUUUAUUAGUCGCCAUUUUAGUUGAGGGAUUCAGUUCAGAGCGAAAUGAACGUCGUGAACGCGAACAACGUGAGUUAGUUAAGAAAUUACGCGAAGAAACUUUAGCUGAAAAUUUCAGCGACGGUAUGUACGAUGAGUCCCGCAGUGAGGGCGACUCAUCCACAACGAAUGAGAGUUACUACGAAAUUCGGAACAGAUGGCAUAGUGCGGAGGACGUACGAAAAUUACAUGAUUCUACCGAAUUAAUAAUCGAAACGAAAAGUAAUGUUCAAAAACAACGCCUACUACAACCCGCACAGGACUAUCAGAUUAAUGAGUGCAUGAGCGGUAGUGUACCGCCAGGGUAUAGUAAUAGCAGCAGAAAAACGUCGGAUAAAGAUAUCAGCAAAUUACCUGAAGAUGAGAAAAGAAACUUAAAAAAGACAUAUUCAAUAAAAGAUAGACGUACGGAUGUACCACGCCUAUCGAAAAUACGUCCAUUGCGUGAACCACCCAUAAUAACAACAACCGCAGCGACACCGCAAGACUCACCCAAUUGUACACUAGAGUCUGGCAUGAGUUUUCGCAAUUGGAAUCAACAAGAUUUAGAUGCGGAGAACUCAACACUGAGUCCUGGUUCUCCGUUACUCCUGCGACCACCGACCAUAUUCAGUGGACAACGUUCACUCGACGAAGGCAUUCCGUCGAUUGAUCUUAUCCCGCCCUCGCCUGUGUUAACACACAAGCCCAUUAACAUAUUGAAUGCCAGCCAACUAGGAAGCAAUACUAGCAUUAAUAAUUGUAGUUUAGUACCAAAUAGUAAUAGUCUACUCCCUAGCGCUUUAAGUAGUAGUAUGCAUAGCGUAAUAAUUGAUGAUAUAUCAAAAAAUUCCAAUUCGACUGCAUCCAGUUCAAUAUUUGUGCCGACAAUAUCAUCCAGUGCAGCGGCACUAAAAUCACCGACCGUGGCACACGUUGUCGGCGAAGACAAUUCAGAAUUGUCGUCGCUUGCCGUAGUCAGUACAACUGCAAAUGGUUUUGUGCACACAGCAACAACAAUAACAACACCAAAUACAAAUGAAUCCUUACAGCGUAUACCCAGUCUGAAACGCUUUCGCCGUACAAGUUCCAAAAGAAAAAAAGCCGAUACAACAACUGCUGAAGAUGAGGAACAUCAAUUAAAUAACGGCAAUGAUAACUCAUAUUUACUAGGUCCAGGCAGUUCAACACGUUCAGAAGCUUUUCUGAGCCCUGGCACACCAAGCAUGCCUACAAAAACAAAAGACACAAAUCGUUUGAGUCCACAGAACUCAAUAAGACGCCUAUCUACAUCGUUUAGCAUAGGUAGUGGACCAGGCAGUAGACGUGCUUCAGCUUGCAUUUUCAACUCACAACUUUAUCAAAAUCUUAAUCAAACUCCAAAACUCUAUGGUAGUCCUGGUCAGAGACGUAUGUCGUCUUUUGAGUUAGCCUUUAGCAAAACAUCACAUCUAAAUUUACAUAAUCUUGAAGCAAAUCGUAAAUCGAUGUCUUAUACAAAUUCUAAGAUGGAUUUGGAUAAAUGGAACAAAUCUUAUACGAAUUUAAAUGAACCUGAUAUGCUACAACAAUAUAUACAGGAGAUGGAAAAGCGAAAAAAUUCCAUCAGCAAACGACAUUCAGAGAAGCAACAACAGAAACUCGAACUACAACAACAACUACAACUAAAAGAACAACAUUCCAUGAUUCCAAGCACGGAACGCGUUUCCAAAAUAAAAAUCUUCAUAGAACAACUGAAACCAGCAAACUUCGGUAAAGAACGAGAAUCCUACUCGUUAUAUAUAUUACCGGAAGAUCAUAGGUUCCGUGAAAUCUGUACAUGGUUUGUUAAUCAGAAGUGGUUCGACAAUGUUGUCCUGCUGUUCAUUGCACUUAAUUGUAUAACGUUGGCAAUGGAACGACCAAACAUCCCUCCAUACAGCACCGAAAGAUUAUUCCUGUCUACGGCCAAUUACGUGUUCACGGUCAUAUUUACAGUGGAAAUGUUCAUUAAGGUUGUAGCUACCGGCAUGUUCUAUGGUCCAGACGCAUAUUUUACUUCUGGUUGGAAUAUAAUGGAUGGAUCUUUGGUUAUCAUAUCAAUAAUUGAUUUACUAAUGUCAUUGAUUAGUGAAUCAAGUCCAAGGAUAUUUGGGAUUUUAAGGGUGUUUCGACUACUUCGUUCCCUACGGCCGCUACGUGUUAUCAACCGCGCCCCGGGUCUGAAAUUAGUCGUGCAAACGCUCUUAUCGUCCCUGCGUCCCAUCGGCAACAUUGUUUUGAUAUGCUGCACUUUCUUCAUCAUCUUCGGCAUACUCGGAGUGCAGCUAUUCAAAGGCACAUUUUUCUACUGCGAAGGCGAAAAUAUCAAAAAUGUGCGUAACAAAACCGAAUGCCUAGCCAUAGCAGGUAACGCCUGGACCAAUCGGAAAUAUAAUUUUGAUGAUUUGGGUAAGGCUCUGAUGUCGCUGUUCGUGCUAAGUUCACGUGAUGGCUGGGUAAAUAUAAUGUAUACGGGACUGGAUGCAGUGGGCGUGGAUCAGCAACCUAUAGUAAACUACAAUGAGUGGCGGUUAUUAUACUUCAUUGCUUUCAUUCUACUUGUUGGCUUUUUCGUACUUAACAUGUUUGUCGGAGUUGUUGUUGAAAACUUUCAUCGUUGCCGUGAAGAACAGGAGAAGGAGGAGAAAAUACGCCGCGCCGCAAAACGUGCCUUGCAAAUGGAGAAGAAGCGUAGGCGCAUGCACGAACCACCUUAUUAUACUAACUACUCACCGACUCGCAUGUUUGUACACAAUGUGGUCACAUCGAAGUACUUUGACUUGGCAAUAGCAGCAGUUAUAGGACUCAAUGUCGUCACCAUGGCUUUGGAGUAUUACAAGAUGCCAAACGCACUGAAGUACGCGCUAAAAAUUUUCAAUUAUUUCUUCACUGCUGUUUUUAUACUCGAAGCACAUAUGAAACUCGUUGCGCUGGGCUGGCAUCUGUACCUCAAGGAUAAAUGGAACCAGUUAGAUGUUGGCAUUGUAUUACUAUCGAUUGUAGGCAUUGUGCUGGAAGAAUUGGAAACAAAUAUCAUUCCUAUAAAUCCGACAAUAAUACGUGUUAUGCGCGUUUUACGCAUUGCGCGCGUUUUGAAACUACUGAAAAUGGCCAAAGGUAUACGCGCCUUGUUGGACACAGUGAUGCAAGCGUUGCCGCAAGUCGGUAAUCUCGGUUUGCUGUUUUUCCUACUCUUCUUCAUAUUUGCGGCCUUGGGUGUUGAACUGUUUGGACGUUUGGAGUGCUCCGACGAGAUUCCCUGCCAGGGUCUUGGCGAACAUGCACAUUUCGCAAACUUCGGGAUGGCUUUCCUCACAUUGUUUCGCGUAGCGACUGGCGAUAAUUGGAACGGCAUCAUGAAGGAUACAUUGCGAGAUAACUGUGAUGAUGCAACAGAUUGUGUACGCAACUGUUGCGUUAGUUCGGUUAUAGCUCCAAUAUUCUUUGUGAUAUUCGUGCUAAUGGCGCAAUUCGUUUUAGUGAACGUCGUCGUGGCUGUAUUGAUGAAACACCUCGAGGAGAGCCACAAACAAAUGGAAGACGAAAUGGACAUGGAAGUUGAGCUUGAGCGAGAGCUCGUUCGUGAGCAGGAAUUUGAGCAAGAACAAAAAUUAUGUCAGCAACUACAAGAACAAUCAAAACUAGCACAGCCACAACGUCAACUUGGUAAAGUUAAAUCAUUACCAAUGAAUUUCACUUAUAGCACGCCGUCAUUGGAAAAGAAAUGUCCAAGUGUAAUGAGUGGCACAAGUGGCAGACGACAAACCAUACAAUAUUUCAAUCAAACCAACGGCUUAGGUCUUGUGGAAAUGGGCAGUGCUUUAACUUCGCAGGCAUUAUCGCAAACCACAGCAGAUAGUCUACCUGGUACAGCUGAGAAUAGUCUCGACGCAAAACUACAAAUACCACCGCUAGCACGUCGUGGUCGACGCAGCUCUACUGCUUACCGCAAACGCGGUAUUUUAACCAAAGAACGUUCAUUAGAUGAACAAGCCAUACGUAGACGGACACUGGAAUCCAAACGUAUGAGCUGUGACUCAUUGCCAUGGAGUGGUGAGUUGAGUGAUUACAAACGGGGGACCAUAUUUGAGAGUUUGGAGUCUGAUGGUGGCAGUCCAUCUUCCACAUAUGAUAUACGCAGUGUACAUAGUGAAGGAGUCCAAAGGACUAUAUCAGAUGCGGCAAGCAUAGUAAGCGCUGUAGUCAGCGAAAAACCCACAACUACACCAUACUCCACAGCAAGCACCAGUAGUAGUACGCAAAAAACAGAGCCAGUGAGAAGACCUUACGGUCGCUCACUUUCUACAGAUCAAAGUUGCCUCGGCCCACCUAGAAGUGGUCUCCUAUCAGUACCACGAACUAUGCCACCACGCAGUCGCAGCGGUAGCACAAAACAACUCUUCAAGCAACAAGCACUUGACGAAGAUCCAGACAUGGAUGAAAACUCACUAUUGCUACCUGUUGUAGUUGAGACAAUUAGUAGCAGCAACAAUCGAUUACUCACUGAUAAGCUGACAACUGACGAUAAUGGACAUGCAGCAGACACAGAAAUUAGCGAGGGACUGAGCAAAUCCGACUCAGCGGAUAUUCUACGAAUAAUUUCGGAACGCAGACGCAUCGAUCAUCGUGACAACAGUGGCAACGAAGAUUCCGAUUACAAUGAACUGUUAUUAGUCAAAUCCCCACAGUCUUCUAUGGAUUAAGUUACUUUCGACCUUCUCAAUGACACACUACUACAUAUACACAAAAAGAAGAAGUAACCUUCAACACCAUCAGUAAAAAUUUAAAAAAUUAAUUAAGAAACUCCAAUUCGAUAAUACUUUGUCAACUUUAGGGAAUUUUCUAUGUAUAUUGUAUUUAUAAACAAACCACACAUAACUGAACUCAAACAAAACAACUUAAUUGUUA